GCAGUGCGGGCGGUGGAGGCGAGGCUGUGGGCGCGUGGGGUGCGUGCGGUACCUGAGGGCCCCGCCCCCGCUUCGCCGAUCUCACACGCUCGGAAAUGAGCUGGACCCCUUCCUGCAGAUGAGAAAGGCUCCUAGAGAUAUUUGACUGUCCACUGAUGUUCUGGAAAGCUUUAGCACGUGGGAGCUGCCAUGGCAGCUCAGAUCUGUCCCCAGAACAUUCCUGCUUCCUUCACUGUAUGGUUUUGUCAGCACGUAGCUGCUGAUAUAGUUUGUAAGUGAUCCUUCCCCUGCACCAGUUAUGACUGGCGUGGUUGCUCAUCUGCUGCUGCAGCCUGGCUUUUACACUUGGUAACUGAGAGGCUUUCUCACCCUCCUUUAAGGGUUUUGCAGAAACGAGGUGCAGAAAUUGAUUUCACAUGGGUGCCUUCUUUUUUAAGUACCAUCUCAGCAUUUUGGGCUAUUGGGUGAUCAUGGGAAGGUUGAAGUUGGUUUACUUUAAGUUUUUUUUUUCUCUACGCAAAAGUUCUGAGAAAAGUAAAAGGGGAGUUUUUUUGUGUAUUGGAAGCUAUGAAGUAUGAUAAUUAUUUGUCUUGACCUGUGUUGAGUUCUCCAACAGCUACAAACCACCGCUGGCUUGUUUGGUAUCCGGAUUUUAACCGUACUUUGUGUCUUUGCAGGCUUUGUGUCUACACUGGUAGCUACGGCCAGUUUUACCCCUACGGGCCAGCUAUAACCCCUGUCAUCAUUAAUGGUUGUUAAAAUUGUGUACAUCUGCAAGUGAUACAUAGGGGGCCUUCAGCCCUCCAAGCGGAGGGUUGACAUGUAUUGUCAGAACUUGAUUUCAUUGGAGGUACAAGUAUAAGCUCUGCUUCAAUACAACACCCUCUCACCCCCAAAGCCUGCUGGCACAGGUAGCUGUAGCGAAAGGUGGUUGGUUUGGUGCUCUUACUAGACUGGUAAACUCUGCUAGACAUGGAGUCUGAUUCAUACCAUUUUAGCAGUAAAGCUUUGCCACUGGAAUAAAAAUGAUUUUUAAAAGAACAGCUCAGUAGUUGCAAGCUUCUUUUUACUACGUAUACUUCAUAUGGGUGCAAGGUUGGGUGAAAUUGAGAUAGAUUAAACUGAGCAGCUCAAUAAAAUUCCCUGCACAUUCUUGCAUCAGAUUUACUGUCUUGGUUUCAAGCAAUCUCACAGACUACUUGUAACCUUAUGCAAAUAUGGCAAGUAUGUAAUCAGAGAAGUCUGUGUCUAGUUCCUUCCUUGCCUACAGCACUAAUUUUUGGGGCUUUUAUGUUCCUGUGUCCUAGAUUCAUAAAGCAGUCCGGAUGUUCUGUCCUGCAGCUGUAUUGUGUACUGAGUGCACCCCAAAACGCUUCUGUAGUGCAACUAGAGGUGUAGACAGGUCACUAUGCUUGGCAUGAUUUGUAUGCCCGUUGUUCCUAAGUAAGGUUUGAAAUUAUUCUUAUGCUCAAGAAAUAAAAUCACUAAAAUAGUAUUUUUUUUUUUUUUUUUUUUUUGUAUCUUGAACAUAUUCCUAUUUGGAAGCUUAAGUAUCACUUUCUGGCCCUGUUAGCUUUGUAUGUGUAUAUUCACUGCAGAGCAUUAUCAUUACAGACAGCUUUAUAAUGACACUUAAUAUUACAAAUACUCUUCACAUAUUCUUUUUUCCUUUUAAAUGGCUGUUGCAAAAAACUUUGUUGCACCUGCACAUUCCCUUAUACUUUACAAGGAUUAGAAAAAACUGUGCAGUGUGAAGUGCCCAUCUUUACACUGAUUUAUACCUUACUUAUGUACUUACAGCAUGCUUAUUAUGUCACAAUACAGGCUGCAGACACCGAAUAUAUUGAUAUUUAGGGCACUUAUAUGCAAGUUUAUCUCUCCAUACAGAAGUAAGCAAAGGGAAGGAUUUGAAUAAUUGGAAACAUUUUGAUUUUGAAACACAUAGAAAUAGUUUGGUAAAGAAAGCAGAGCAUGAAAGACAGAUGUAGGAACACAGAGCAGAAUCUAGAGUGAGGAGCAUCUGAAAGUGAAGAUUUCUGUGGUUUCCUCUGAGAAAACUUGAGCCUCCAUGUCAUUUUUGAAGUUGGAGUGACCUGUGUCUCAAGGAUCAUUCCAUACUGUAUUCUGAUGAGGAAGGCCAGGGUCUUAAAGGGCUCCUGUGGUAACUGUGAACAUGGUUUAACCGUUGGUAGGUCACUGGAAGGUGUUACAGUUCAUUUGGUUCUCACCAGUCUUCUGCAACUCUAAGUCAACUUCUGUCCUCUGUGGUGGUAAAGCUCUGUUGGUUUCAAAACUGUCUAGAGAAAAGGCUCUGUGAAAGAUUUGGUGGCUUACUUUAAAGCGAGUUCCUGUAUUUGUUCUAUUGAGUCUGUUGUGACUAACACGGGGAAACACUCUGUCACUAAAAAAUAUUUUUCUGGUCAGAGUAGCUGACAAAACAAACCAAUACUGUUGCAGUGUGUUGCAACCACCCCAUACAGCUGCUUGAUGGAAUGCUAGCAGCUAGAUUGAGUCUUUGAAAUAUAGUUAUAAGAAAUAGCUGAUUGCAGUUUUGGUUAUGUGUUACAGUGCCAGGAAGGUAGGAAAAAGAAGUGCCACUUGCAGUUUUGUCAGCCAUCUCUGUCCUGCAUGUUGUAACAGCUAAAAGAAAUCUUAAAAAAAAAAAAAUGCUGAUUGUACAUAUAUUGCAUGUUUGUUUUUUUAAUUUUAAUUUAAAGAACUGAUGAGUGGUCAUAUAGUUGAAUUUUUGCAUCUGAAGUUAUAUCAAUUUCCUAAGGGAAAUUCUGUGUUGUUUUUCUUCAAACAUUUUCAGUCAUGAGCAGUGAAGAAAUAAUAAUAACAACGUGAUGCUUGUUUGCCUAUCUAAAAUGAAAAAUGACUCUAUUGGGACUUUCUGUGCAAAUUAGUGCUGAUUUUCUCCCCCAGCCUCCCUGCUUUAUUGAGAUUCAUAGGAGUCCUUCACCCUGUGGCCUUAAGCAUAACAAACAAAUCAUGGUUUGCAACUCUGGUCAUGUUGGCAGUGAUUUCUCUAAGCAAACAAAAAAACACAUUGAGGGUGUCUUGUUUAAUCUGUGUUGAGAAUGCUGUUUUCCUACUGAAUCUUUAAUUCACUUUUGGGAGUGGAGUGUUUUCAUGAUGUUGUCUUUCUCUCGCUUUACACAAACUGCAUCCAAUACAAUUCCGUUGUAGGAGCUCUUCACAAAUCGCUUGCUCUUUCGUUCCAUCAGAAGAGAGCUGGAUGCAACUCUGCCAUCCUUGCUGUUGCACAAGUCUGUGAGUUCUUGUUGUGUCAGUUAAGUGGGUUGACAAGGUGGCUUGAAAAAAAAAAAAAACAGUGGACGAAGAUGUUUCACAUUGUUCAGUAUCGACCUUUGAGACUGAUAACCCAAAACAGUCUUUCUAAAAUUUGUUUAAAACUGAUGUUUUCAAGACUGGUGACAUUUGAAUGGAUACCGAAGUCAUGGUUCUCGAGCCAUUCUCUUGUUGGAAACAAAAAUAUUAUCCUGAUGGGACCUCCAGGUGCUGGGAAAACAACAGUUGGGAGAAUAGUAGGUCAGAAACUAGAUUGCCCUGUCAUUGAUAUAGAUGAUGAUGUCCUUGAAACAACCUGGAAUAUGAGUGUGUCAGAAAAACUGCAGGAUGUUGGUAAUGAGCAAUUUUUAGAGGAGGAAGGAAAAGCCCUUUUGAAGUUUUCAGCAUCUGGAAGUGUAAUUUCCCUUACUGGGUCCAAUCCAAUGCACACUGCUGGCAUGCAGCAUGUGAAGAGAAAUGGUAUAGUUGUAUAUCUUGAUGUGCCCACAGUGGUCAUUAUGAGUCGGCUGAAGUCAAUGAAAGUGGACCGCAUUGUGGGCCAGGGCCCUGCUACUUCUCUCAAGGACAUACUUCAGUUUAGGAAGCAGUUCUACAAAAGGUGGUAUGAUGUUCGUGUUCUUUGUGGGGGCAAUAUGGCAGCAGAGAUUGUAGCAGAAAAGGUACUUGAUGCUGUGAAGAGGUACCAAAACUCAGAAGUGGAAACUUAUGUUUCAACUAGGAGUACACAAAAAAACUCUCACAAGUAUUUCAGUGAUGUUGUUGUUGAAGGCUUAGCCUCCGAUGGAGGACUCUUUGUGCCUGAGAGAGGACUUCCAGAGUUUACUGCUGAAGAAUGGCAAACCCUAAUAGAAGCAACUUAUGCUGAAAGGGCCCAGGUAAUAUUAGAGAGAUGCAUACAUCCAGCUGAUAUUCCUGCUUCUAAACUGAGAGAAAUUAUUGGAACUGCAUACGGAGAAAACUUUACUUGUUCUAAAAUUGCCCCAGUUAGACAUUUGACAGGCAAUCAAUUUCUCCUUGAGUUAUUUCAUGGACCAACGGCUUCAUUUAAAGAUUUUGCAUUACAGAUGAUGCCACAUAUAUUCGCAUACUGCAUUCCCAGGAGCUGCAAUUACUUGGUUCUGGUAGCUACUUCUGGUGACACAGGGAGCGCUGUCCUAGAUGGCUUCAGUCGUCUCCAUGGCGCUGACAAACAGAGAAUUGCUGUGUUGAGUUUUUUUCCUGAGGAUGGAGUAAGCCCAAUUCAAAAAUCACAGAUGAUUGGUUGUCAGAAAGAGAAUGCCUGGUCAGUAGGUGUCAAAUCUGAUUUUGAUUUUUGCCAGACCGCUAUGAAGAAAAUCUUUACCAACUCUGAUUAUACUGGCUAUCUUACAGUAGAGUAUGGCACUGCUUUAGCAGCAGCAAACUCCAUAAACUGGGCACGACUGCUUCCUCAGAUAGUUUAUCAUGCCUCUGCAUACCUCGAUCUUGUUCAUCAAGGUAUUAUUGCAUUUGGAGACCCUGUAGAUGUUUGCAUUCCUACAGGGAACUUUGGCAACAUAUUAGCUGCCUUGUAUGCUAAAAUGAUGGGAAUCCCUAUUAGAAAAUGCAUUUGUGCUUCCAAUGAAAACAAUGUUUUGACAGACUUUAUAAGAACAGGUAUUUAUGAUUUGAGGGGAAGAAAAUUAGUUCCAACUUUUUCACCAGCAAUAGAUAUUUUGAAGUCCUCCAAUCUUGAGCGAUACUUGCACCUGAUUGCUGAUGGUGAUGGACAGCUGGUGACACAGCUAUAUGACCAGCUGGAAAAUCAGGGCCAUUUUCAGCUGCGGAAAGACCUACUUGAAAAGCUUCAGCAGGACUUGGUGGCUGGGUGGUGCUCUGAGGAGGACUGCCUCGCUGCCAUUCACUCUGUCUACAGCACUACGGGAUAUAUUCUGGAUACACACACAGCUGUUGCGAAAGUAGUUGCAGAUCGAUUACAAGAUAGAACUUGUCCAAUUAUUAUUUCAUCUACAGCUCAUUAUUCUAAGUUUGCACCUGCUAUCUUGAGGGCCUUGAGGAUUACAGAAAUAAAACAAAACCCAUUAAGUCAGCUUCACUUGCUGAGUUCUUACAGCCCUCUGCCUCCAGUCCACUGGGGCCUAUUAGAGACACUGAAAAAGAAUGAGAAUGAGGGUCACCGGGUCUGCGCUGCUGAUCUAAAUAUGUUGAUGUCUUGUAUAGAAACCUUAAUUCAAAAACAUUUUAUGAAAGUUUUCUGAGCAGCCAGUCAGACAUGUACUGUGUCAUUUGUGGUACCUUAACAAGCUGCAUGUCUUAAUAAAGUCAUGAUUUAUCCAUAACAUCCACAGUUGUAUACUCAAUUGUCAGAUUUUCAGCAGUAUUCUUAAGUAAUGCGUGUGAGAUUUCUAGUAGUGCUGGAUGGUUCCGAAUGGAGAGACUGGAAGCCUGGAGCAUUCUUGCAGGCCACAUAUCUUAGGGGCAGCAGCAGUGCAGGCUUUCCUUGGCAGCGCUGUCUCCUUCACAAGCUGAAGCAUUCUCCCCUGAAGGUGAGAGGUAAUGAAGACUGACCUUCUUGAAGCUAAUGGCUCUAGUUCUGUUGCAAGAAUGAUGUGACCUCCUGACCAGGGUGUGAUUAGUUAAAGUUUAACUCACUUCACUUAGGACACCAAAACACAGUAAAAUAGCGAUGAUGCUCAAAUAUUACUAGUGAAGUGUGAUUUCACUAUAAAGAUUAAAGCAUACGUAUUCUGUUAAUCCUUGAACCAUGCUAUUUUAUGGUAUGCUACUUUCUUGCAUGAUGUUCUUUUUAUGUUUUGUGACGCCAAUGUUUGUGCAAAACAUCUGGUUAUUUUGUUUUUCAGACAUCUUUUUGUUUUCCUUCCAGAUAUUUUUCUGUGUAAGAUGGAAUCCUUGCUUUAAUAUUUUUAACUUCUGAGAUACAGGUCAUCCUCCAGUGUGCCAGUGGUCUUUCCUAGAUCUUUUCUAGUUUAACUGUUCAACAUUAGAAUACUUCUUUAAUGUUAUUGACUAGUGUUAGCAUCAGUCUUCCUAGGCAAGAUCCAAACUUAAGUAUUUAUUUACAUUUAUUUAUUGUAUUCUAUUUUUUUUCAUAGAGUUAAUGUAGCUUUCUUAUUCCUUCUGUUGUCGUAUAUAUAUAUUUUAGAUUAAUGUUCUCAACAUUCUAUUCAAUUCAUGCUUUGCAUGAAUUUCAACAAGGAAGCCUCUCAGAGGUCUUGGUAUCUCAUCAAGUAAAGUGGAGGAUGAAUUUCAGUGCCUGGCAAGUGCAAUAGUGUCAGAGGUAUUUGUUGUGCAACCUGAAGUAGAUCUAUGCUAGCAAUCUGUCUUUGCUAAUGACAGACUCUGUGCUUGUUGUUUUUUUAGUUGUUGUUGUUUUGUUUUUUAAUAAUAAUAAAAAAAAAAAGUAGAGCAUAUUGCCUGAGGAGGUUGUGUUGUUGUGGGCAAUCUUACUCUGCUAAUUGUAGACUAUAUUUGGCAAGAGUAGGAAAUAUAUCUACAUUUCAUGCUAUGAGAAAUACUAAGAUAAUGUGUUGCCAAGUUGUGAAUGGCAGCCAGUUACCAGGUAAAGAGCUGAGAGUAGUCAGAUGGGAGUACGUACAGCUAUGGGAGGCUGCAGUCCUUAACGAAAUUCAGAAAGAGAAAGGUAUUGGCAAGAGAGGUGGUAAUUGGUGACGUUUUUGCCUCUUUCAGAAGCAGCAUCUCAUAUAUAUCAGGACUUGAUCUCCUGCCAAAAUAUAGAGACAAAACAAUGCUCGUAGAAUCAUGCCUUCCCUUCUGCUGUGUGUCUGCUUGUACUUUAGAGGUGCAGAAAACACUAUUCAGCAAACUACUUGAAAGAAAUCCUCCUUUUAUGUAAUGUUCCAUUAUAAACUGAAAGACCCAACAUGAUGAGCGUUCGCCACAGUGAAUAUGUUGUAUAAUAAAGUUAUAUGUAGCUGAUAAAGGUGUGAGUGACAAAAUAGCUUCCUGGGUGCUGCCAUUUUUGGAUGCCUUUCCGAGAUCUGUCAUGUUACUUUUUUUGUUCAGACCUCAUUUCUUAUUUCUGCAGUAACUUCAGAAAAUCUUUUUCUAACAUGAGAAUGACCAUACGAUAUAUAAUUUAAAGAUGCUGUGUAAGUGUACUGCCAAAAAAGAAGCAAUGUGUUGGUGAUUAGUGUCCAUCUACCUUGCAGUUGUGAAUUUAUCAGCUUGGUUCUUACCUGAGUCCCAAGUGAAACACUGCAAUACAUGAAUUCUAAAUGUUUAAAGUUAAAAUAAUAAUAAUAAAAUGGUUUCCAUUACUGGGGUGGGAAUGGGUUUCAAUGUACGGACUUGGGGAAAUCCUGUACUACUUGUCUCCAUAAAGCUUAGUGCUAUGGCAGUUUUUCACAUGCAGUUGCAAUGCGUUCUUGAAGUACUUCCAAAGACAAGCUUGUUUUCAUAGGAAGUACCUAAAAGAGAAAAGCUGAGGUUCUAAACAAGAAGGCUAGAAGCCUCUGACCUACCUGGAAUUAACUGAUUAUUAGAUAGUAAGAGUGAAGCAACAUGUGUAACAAGAUUUAUUUUGGCAUGACUCAAUCAAUCAAUAUUUCAAAGUUCAUGGCUGUAGCUCAAGCUUGGUUUGAGGGGAAUGUAUUAGUAAAAUUCCUAUUUACAAUGUUUGACAUGGUAUGAAAAUAUAAAGGGUUGAUAUGGUUGCACGAACUCUGUAAAAACUCAGCUGUACUUGAGGGUUUUUAAUGUGAAGUUGAAGUACAUAAAGGUAGUGAUUAAAGAGCAUGUAAAAUAUUAGUACAUUUCUGAGAAUGUCUUAAUACAAUACUUUCUCUAUUACAUUGUUUAGGAAAUGUAAUAACUGAACUUUGUCAUACAUGAAAUGAACCAACUGUGUGCCGCAUCUACUUCUGUGUUCUAGUAAUGGGUACCAUAAGACACUGCAGUAAUGUCAUGAUCCAAAUCAGUGUGGUGUUUGUACCUGGGUGCUGACACUACUGUGGAAGCUGCAGCGCACAGUCCUUUGUCUCAGUUUGAUGUACUGGGCCUGAAGGAAUGGGAGAGGACUUCCCUCUUCCACUGUGCUCACUGCAGAGAGUGGCCGAGGGGAUGGAGGACAGGGAGGGAAGCAAUUCUUAUCUUUUCCCAGCCCAGCUUCUCUGAAUGUCAUUCGGCAAAAUACUGUAGUUCAACAAACAUUGUGCCACUGUGAUUGCACUUUUUUCUCUUGCUGCCUGCUUCAUGAGAGAUUAAAAGGGCACCGACCAUUGAGUGAGCACAGGUGCUGGUUUUUGUCUUUUUCGGACAUUGCGUGACAACAUCCCAUGUGUAUAAUGUGUACUGUUAACUUCUUUAAGAAAAAAUGAUGCACCAAUGAUGCACAGAAGCACAUGUACAUUCUCAUGGUCAGUAGAAUUCUUAAAGCUAUUUGGGAUUAAUGUACACAUUUGCUCCUAUUAGCUUAAAGAUAAGAUGUUGCAGUCUAAACAAAUAUAAGCCGGGUUUAUGGAGAAUGGUAGAAAUGUGUAUAUAUGCAUAUUCACAACUUUGUAAUAGCAUAGCUUUAUUUAAGCUAUUAGUUUCUGUUGGUUUGCUUUUAUGAACACUAAAACUUCACGUAAAAUCUUAAAGACAGGUGCAACAAGGAACAGUUUGUAAUGCCAGUGUUUAUUCUUCUUGUUAUAAAAAUAAUAGAGCAGUAGAGUCAGUAGGUCAAUAAUAAGUCAAUCAAGCAGUUUCAGUUGACUUCAAAAGAGAGUUCUGUUUUCUUAAUGUCUUAGAAUUUAAAAAGAACCGCUAUUUGUGUUUUGAAGGUAAUGGGAUAUGUAGGGGAUGAAACUCGGAAUGGAAGAUUGUUGUUUUUCAGGAGAUCAGCUUUGCUCUUUGAAGACUUCGAGAAUGCACUUUGUUAUUAAGAUCAUGUUUGGUAUGCCUGAAGUAUGCGUGUAGUUGUUUGUGUCCACUACAUUUUUCUAAAUAAAUACUGCAGGAUCCACACUA